AUGCAGGUUCUACUGGCACUGUAUAUCAGUGCGAGCUCGGUGAUGAUACUCAUGUCCCGGCAAAUUAAGCAUAUCAUGCAGGAUGAUACUUAUGAUGCUAUCAAGUUUUUGCUAGCGCAUGUCGGCGACCGUGCACAUCUCCUGAUGCAGGCGAAUGCCACUGUCUUUCAUGUCGCCAGGGUGCUCAGCUCCAUUGGAGACUUGUCCACAUUCUCCAACAUCACAGAUAAGGUGGUGCCAAAUUUGUUCCUGGCAUUUGCAACAAUGCCAUGGAUAUCACAGAUAUCUUACGUUGGGAUACAUGGUGGAAUGCUUUUCUCAUAUUACAACGAUGAGUACCAGGCGCGCACAAUGUUUUCGAAUGUUUCAGAUUCUUCCAAUUAUUCUGCUGCACAUAAAUGGUAUAGCCAAUCAGUGGAUCGAGAUACCGGGAAGGUGUAUGGAGAUGCGAUUCCUUUCGCUCCACGACGAAAUGAUUCCCAAUGGUUUCAAGAUGCAUUGCAUGGUAGGAGCGGGAAUGCUUCAUGGGGAGUUGGCUGGAACAAAGAUAGGGAUCAGAUGCUCUUCUUCACUGCUCCAGUGGCCAAAUCAGGAGUUACUUCCAUUGGAAUUGCCAUGAAAGAUCUCACCGAUGAUGUUUCUCGUGUCAACCUUCGGGGUGGACACUUGUAUGUAGGCACAGAAGACGGGCAUGUCAUAGCAGAGACUGGACCACCGCAUACUCGCUAUGUGCUUGGUAAUAAUACUGUUUCAAUCCAUGUAAUGGAUCAGAGUGAUACGUUCCCAGUUGAAAAGCAUGAAAACUUUUCAUGCCAGCUGGAUGACCUUGAAGGUAUGGGAAGUGAUCCAUCACAUACUAAAUCUUUGGACAUUUGGGGCAAGAGAUACAAGUUUGGUUGUGCUCAUCUUGAUGUUUCUGGAAUCAGAAUGGUAUAUGUAAUUGCUUUUCCCUGUAAGGAAGUGAUUCCCAUCAUUCAAAAGAUGAUGGAUGUUGUUCUCUCAUUAUUAUCACUUAUGAUCAUUGGUGUGAUUGUCGGAAGUUUCGUUGUGCUGCAACUAUUGAAUAGAUCACUAAUACAAGAGGCAUUUCUACGUGCGAGCCUCAUCAAGCAAAAGGAGGCAAUCCAACAGGCAGAAAGGAAGAGUAUGAAUAAGAGCUUGGCAUUUGCUAGUGCCAGCCAUGACGUGCGUACUUCUCUCGCCGGCAUUACUGGCUUAGUAGAACUUUGUCGUCUUGAUGCCACCCCAAAUUCCAAAUUGGAUAGGCACUUGGAGCAGAUGAAUACUUGUGCAUCACAACUUCUAGGGAUAGUAAAUUCAGUUCUUGAUACAAGUAAAGUGGAAGCAGGAAAGAUGCAAUUAGAAGAAAUUGAAUUUGAUAUGGCUCAAGUGCUUGAGGAGUCAGUAGACAUAUUCCAUGUUGUUGCUCUUAAGAAAGGCCUCGAGGUGAUUUGGGAUCCCUGUGAUUGCUCUGUUCUUAAAUGUUCGAAUGUCAAAGGGGAUUGUAGACGGCUUAAACAGAUUCUCGAUAAUCUACUUGGCAAUGCAGUGAAGUUCACUUCCGAGGGACACGUGGUUGUGCGUGCUUGGGCUAAGAAGCCUAGCUUGGAAAAUUUCAAACUUCCUUCUAAACAUGAGAUCCGCUUUCGUAGCAUAUUAAGCCAUCUAUCAAGGUGCCUUUGGAAGGAUGAAGAUCAUUAUGCUAAUAUGGAUAUUCUUAAUCCUAUUCAGCGUGACCUGGAUUCUAUUGAAUUUAUUUUUGAGGUAGAUGACACUGGUAAGGGAAUACCCAAGGAAAAGAGAGCUUCUGUUUUUGAGAACUAUGUGCAAGUCAAAGAACAAACUACUAGAGGACAUGAGGGCACUGGUUUGGGACUUGGCAUAGUUGAAUCCUAUGUGCGUUUGAUGGGCGGUGAGAUUAGCAUUAAAGAGAAAGAGCCUGGUGAAAAAGGAACAUGCUUUAGGUUUAAUAUUUUUCUCAAGUCAAGUGACACAUCUUUGGACAGUGAAGAGAAUAUAAAUUCUCCAUUGCAUCCAAGAAAUAUGUCUGUUAUUGAUCCUCAACUUGCUAAGAAAAAUAUGACUGUCCAAUCGAAAAUUCGUGCCAUGACAUUCAAAAGAGGUCUUCAAAUGGAAGGAAUUCACUCUCUACUUUUGGUUCAAGGUGAAACAAAAGAAAUUAUGCAAAGAUGGAUGGAAAGCCUUGGAGUAAAGGUAUGGGCAAUUGACCACUACAAGCUUCUUUAUCCUUCACUCGAAAAGAUCAAGAACAGUCUUUGUGCCUUUGCAAAGCCUGAUUCUGUGUCACGAGGUAUUUCCUUUGCCAGAACCACAUCAUUUAAUUAUAACAAAGAACAUGAGGAGUGUUCUAGCUCUAGAUAUGUGGCUAAUCGAAAUUUGCCUCUUACUACAAAGGAACUUCUGAAGAAGCCAAGUUUUAGUGGACCAUCAACUUGCAUUUUGAUUAUCAUUGAUUUGAGCAGUGGAAAUAUGUCAGAGAUAUACUCAAUGUUGAAGAAUUUUAAUAGUAGCAUUCAUAAUAUCCAGUGCAAGAUUGUUUGGUUGGCCAGUUCCAAUACUCCAGCCGCUGAUUUAAGCAGUUCUAAUCAGGAGAAAUGUGAUCUUAUAUUGCAGAAACCAUUACAUGGUUCUCGUUUAUAUGACCUUCUGAAACUUCUACAAGAGUUUGGAGGAACAAGUGAAGAUGAUCAACAAGGAAUACAGAUUAUGAAUACAACGCAAGAACCGCAACAAUCUAGCGAGCUUGGUUCUUCUAUGGAUAAUAAAAACUUUUUAUCCAAUUCUUUUGGUUCGCAAUCAAGCCAACAUAUUUACAAAACAUCUGGAUUAAGAUAUGGUAUGGAUGGUGAUAGACCCUUAAGUGGCAUGAACAUCUUACUUGUGGAGGAUGCGUUCGUUUUAUCUGUGAUUGCUAAAAACAUACUAUUGAAACUUGGUGCAACUAUUGAAUAUGCUGAAAAUGGACUGGAUGCUGUGGAGUUGGUCACAAAGGCUCUGCAAGAAGCAUCUGAUAAGCACAAUGGAGCUACCCAACCAGAAGGAGAUUUAAAGCAUUUACCUUAUGAUAUUAUUCUAAUGGAUUGUGAGAUGCCUAUUAUGAAUGGUUAUGAAGCAACAAGGAAAAUACGGGAAGAGGAAAAAUAUUAUGGUCUCCACAUUCCAAUAAUUGCUUUGACUGCUCAUGCUACACCUGAGGAAGCAAGAAAAUCAAUUUUGGCGGGAAUGGAUUUCCAUUUGAUGAAGCCACUAAAGAUUAAUGAGCUAUUGGAAGCCAUUAAUAAUGCUUAUCAAAACUAA